AUGGUGGUCAAUAGAGGGGACUCGACCGUGCUUGCUAAUCAUGCCGGCAUUCCAUCGGAGACCACUCAUUUCGACCCUAUGGUUUCGAAGGCCGAGGCUGCGAUAGGGGAGUGGGUAACAAUCACGAGCCGAGCCAAAGCCAAAGCCCGCUCGAAGCGCCGGCAUCGGUCUCAGCGGCUAUCGCCUACUCCGUUGGGACGGCUCGUCGAUGAGUAG